AAUCUGUCCUGAAAUAUUUUCCUUCACCCAUUGAUGUCUUUUGCAAAUAUUUUUACAGGUGUGAAAUGGCAGAACACUAAUGUACGGGAAUUUCAAACACAACAACACAUCAGCUCUGCUGUCUUUGAAUAUUUAAAGAGUGACCGAAUAUUUUCUUUGCCACACCAACACAUCUGUUAGCAUUCCUUGGAGAUGAAGAAUUAACUCAUCCAGUUUGCAAUGUAUUCCCUGUCUGAAAUGAAUUUUUCUGUUGUAACUCAGUGAAAUCCACUGGAACCGGGGUGCUGAGAACACACCAGCAUUUGGCCACUGGAGAUCAGUUCUUCAACUGCAUCGAUUGUACAAGAGAUUCAAAUGUCUGACUUUCUGAAUUGCCAGAGAAUUGAUCGCAGUGAGUUAUCAUUCUCCUUCUCUCAGUGUGGGAAGGGAUUCACUCACAGCCUACCCACAGACACGCCAGUGUGUUCACAGUGGGGAGAGGCCAUUCACCUGCUCUGUGUGAGGGAGGGGAUCUACUCAGUCAUACAUCAGCAACUGAGGUGCUCCACCUGUUCUGACUGUGGGAAGCCAUUCAUUCUGUCAUUGAUGCUAAAGGUAUAUCGGAAAAUUCACCACUGAGAAGACGGUAACCUGUUCAGAGGGUGGGAAGGCCACGUCACAGUGACACCUGCGAUUUCACACUGGGGAGAAGCCAUUCACCUGCUCUGAAUAUGGGAAAGGAUUCACUCAAAUCAGAUCAAUCGAAUGAACAUCAGCAAGUUCACACUGAGAAGAUGCCGUUCACCUGCUCAGACUGUGGGAAGGGAUUCACUCGCUCAUCCAAACUACAGAGACACCAGCGAGUUCACACUGGGGAGAAGCCAUUCACCUGCUCAGACUGUGGGAAGGGAUUCACUCAGCAUUCUCAGCUACGGAUACACCAGCGAGUUCACACUGGGGAGAGGCCAUUCACCUGCUCAGACUGUGGGAAAGGAUUCACCCAAUCAUGCACACUACAGAGACACUGGCGAGUUCACACUGGGGAGAGGCCGUUCACAUGCUCAGAAUGCGGGAAGGGAUUCACUUUGUCAAAUCAACUACUGACUCACCAGCUUGUUCACAAGGGGGUGAGGCCAUUCUGCUGCUCUGAAUGUGGAAAGGGAUUCGCUCAGUCAGCUCAACUGAAAGAACAUCAGUUCGUUCACACAGGAGAGAAGCCUUUCACCUGCUCAGACUGUGGGAAGGGAUUCACUUACUCGUCCACACUACAGAGACACCAGCGAGUUCAUGCCGGGGAGACGCCAUUCACAUGCUCUGAAUGUGGGAAUGGAUUCGCUGGGUCAUCUCAACUGAAGCAACACCUCCGAGUUCACGCUGGGGAGAGGUCAUUCACCUGCUCAGACUGUGGGAAGGAGUUCACUCGGUCAAAUCACCUACUGACUCACCAGUUUGUUCACACUGGGGAGUGGCCAUUCCGCUGCUCAGACUGUGGGAAGGGAUUCGCUCGUCCAUCCACGCUACAGAGACAUCAGCGAGUUCACACUGGGGAGAGGCCGUUCACCUGCUCAGACUGUGGGAAGGGAUUCAUUCAGCAUUCCCACUUACAGACACACAAGUUAGUUCACACUGGGGAGAGGCCUUUCACCUGCCCUGAAUGCGGGAAGAGAUUCAUUCAGCGUUCUCACCUAUUGACACACAAGUUAGUUCACGCUGGGCCGAGGCCAUUCACCUGCUCAGAAUGUGGGAAGGGAUUCACCCAUUCAGCCCAACUGAAGGAGCAUCAGCAAGUUCACACUGGGGAGAAGCCGUUCACCUGCUCUGAAUGUGGGAAGGGAUUUGCUCAGUCAUCUCAACUGAAGUUACAUCAGCGAGUUCACACUGCGAAGAGGCCGUUCAGCUGCUCUGAAUGUGGGAAAGCAUUCACUCAUUCAUCUCAGCUCUUGAGACACCAGCAAAUUCACACUGGGGAGAAACCAUUCAUCUGCUCAGAAUGUGGGAAGGGAUUCACCCAUUCAGCUCAGCUGAAAGAACAUCAGUUUGUUCACACUAGGGAGAGACCGUUCACCUGCUCAGACUGUGGGAAAGGAUUCACUCGGCGUUCUCGACUGGUGACACACCAGUUGGUGCACACAGGGGAGAAACCAUUCACCUGCUCGGAAUGUGGGAAGGGAUUCACCCAUUCAGCUCAACUGAGGGAACAUGAGCGACUUCACACCGGGGAGUGGCCAUUCACCUGCUCAGUCUGUGGGAAGGGAUUCACUCGGUCAUCUAGACUGAAGGUGCAUCAGCGAGGUCACACUGGGGAGAGGCCGUUCAUCUGCUCUGAAUGUGGUAAGGGCUUCAUUGGGUCAUUUCAUCUGCAGGUACAUCAGCAGCUUCACACUGGGGAGAGGCCAUUCACAUGCUCUGAAUGUGGGAAGGGCUUCACUCAGUCAUUUCAACUGAAGAUACAUCAGCGAAUUCACACUGGGGAGAAACCUUUCAGCUGCUCUGAAUGUGGGAAGGGAUUCACUCAGUCAUCCAGACUUGUGAGGCACUACCGAAUUCACACUCGGGAGAAACCGUACACCUGCUCUGACUGUGGGAAGGAAUUCACUCAGUUAUCGGACUUUAAAGUACAUCAGCAAAUUCACACUGGGGAAUGCCACUCACCUGUUCUGAAUCUGGUAAAGGAUUCACUAAGACCAUAAGAUAUAGCAGAAGUAGGCCAUUCGGCCCAUCGAGUCUGCCCUGCCACUCAAUCAUGGACUAAUCCAAUUCUUCCAGUCAUCCCCACUCCCCUGCCUUCUCCCCAUACCCUUUGAUGCCCUGGCUAAUCAGGAACCUAUCUCUCUCUGCCUUAAAUAUACCCAAUGAUGUGGCCUCCACAGCCACUUGUGGCAACAAAUUCCACAGAUUUACCACACUCUAAAGUAAUUUCUCUGCACUUCAGUUCUAAAUGGACAUCCUUCAAUCUUGAAGAUGUGACCUCUAGUUCUAGGCUCCCCUACUAUGGGAAAUAACUGUGGCAUACCUAAUCUUUUCAGGCCUUUUAACAUUCAGUAUGUUUCAGUGAGAUGCCCCCACCCCCCCUCCCAUUCUCCUGAACUCCAGGGAAUACAGCCCAAGAGCUGCCAGACGCCUCUCCCUUUCAUUCCUGUGAAUCUUCUCUGAAGCCUCUCCAAUGUCAGUAUAUUUUCUAAAGAGCCUAAAACUGCACAAAAUACUCCAAGUUUGGUCACACAAUUGCCUUAUAGAGCCUCAACAUCACAUUCCUGCUCUUAUAUUCUAUACCUCUGGAAAUGAAUGCCACCAUUGCAUUCAGCUUUUUCACUACCAACUCAACCUGGAAGUUAAGCUUUAGGGUAUCCUGCACAAGGACUCCCAAUUUCCUCUGUAUCUCUGCAUUUUGAAUUCUCUCCCAAUUUAAAUAAUCGUCUGCCAUUUUAUUUCUUCCACCAAUGUGCAUGACCAUACACCUUACAACAUUGUAUUUCAUUGGCUACUUCUUUGCUCAUUGCCCUGAACUAUCUAAAUCUCUCUGCAGGCUCUCUGUUUCCUCAGCACUACUCGCUCCUCCACCGAUCUUUGUAUCAUUGGAAAAUUUAGCCACAAAUCCACAAAUCUCAUAGUCCAAAACAUUGACAUACAUCAUAAAAAGCAGCAGUCCAAACACCGACAAUAGUGGAACUCCAGUUGUAACCGGCAGCCAGCCAGUAUAGGAUCCCUUUAUUCACACUCUUUUUCUGUUGAUUCAGUCAAUGCUCACCCAUGCUAGUACCUUCCCUGUAACUCCAUUGGCUCUUAUCAUGCUAAGCAGCCUCGUGCGGCACCUUGUCAAAGGACCACUGAAAAUCCAAGUACACCACUUCGACUGCAUCUCCUUUGUCUACCCAGCUUGUAAUUUCCUCAAAGAGUUGCAGAAGGUUUGUCAGGCAGUAUUCUCCUUUUGGGAAAUCAUGCUGGCUUUGGCAUAUCUUGUCAUGUGCCUCCCAGUACACCAUAAUCUCAUCACUAACAGUCGAUUCCAACUACUUCCCGGAGGUCAGGGUAACAGCUCUAUAGUUUCCUUUCUGCUGCUUCUCACCAUUCUUAAAUAGCGGAGUAACAUUUGUAAUUUUCCAGUCAUCUGGUACAAUGCCAGAAUCUAUCAAUUCUUGAAAGAUCGUUGGUAGAUUGCCUCCACAAUAAGAGUGAGCUUUUCCUUUAAAUAUGCAAGUUCCAAUCUAUAGACAAUCACCAUUCAGACUGGUUACUGAUUACUUAUUUGGUGUUAGAAUUACUAAGGAUCUAUUUAAAGUUAACUUUAAUUGAUCAUGUUAAACAACUGCUUACUAAAUGGUCCCCAUUGUCUUUCUCAUUGAUUGGUAGAAUUAAUGGUAUUAAUAUGAUUAUUUUACCUAAAUUUCUGUAUCUAUUUCAGGCGAUACCAAUUUUCAUUUCUAAAUCUUUUUUUUAUAUUAUUGAAUCUUAAAAUUUCUUCAUAUAUAUGGCAGAAUAAAAAUCCUAGGUUGAGUAAGAAAUAUAUCCAGAAAUCAAAAAAGGAUGGCGGAUUGGCAAUGCUGAUUUUAAGAUUCUAUUAUUGGGCAAUUAAUAUUUGAUAUUUAAUGUUCUAACACAAGAUCUGGAUGAGAUUCAAUGACCAUGAUGGGUGAACCUCGGGUGCGAGUCUGUACAGGGGUUCUCAUUGGCUUCUGUUUUAGGAGCUGUUGUUCCCUUUGCACUUACUAAACUGAAUAAGCAAAUAACUAAUCCAAUAACUAAACAUACAAUACGAAUAUGGUUUCAAUUUUGUAAAUUUUUGGGAUUGAAUAAAUUGAUCCUAUCAAGUCCAAUUAUAUCUAAUUUCUUCUUCCAACCAUCCAGAACUGAUCAAGCUUUUCUUUUAUGGAGAACAAAGGGAAUAGCAUGUUUUUGUGACUUAUUCAUGGAUAACUGUCUCAUGUCUUUUGAACAGUUGUCUAAUAAACAUAAUUUGCCUGGAUCACAUUUUUUCAGAUAUUUACAGAUUAGAAACUUUUUGAAUGUUAUUUUACCUACUUUUUCAAUACCACAUCAAACUGAAAUUACAGAAAAAAAUUUAGGUUUACACCCCUGUCAGAAGAGUUUAAUAGCAAUUAUUUAUGAUCUGAUUACGAAAAUAAGUCUAGGUACAUCUGAUAAAAUUAAGAAGGAAAUAGAAUUUCAGGUAUUUUUACCUAUAGAGAAAUGGGAGAAAAUUCUCCAACUAGUUAACAUUUCUUCAAUGUGUGCGAGACAUGCUUUGAUACAAUUUAAGGUGGUUCAUAGGGCCCAUAUGUCUGAGGAUAAGGUAGUGUCCUUCUUCCGUUGGAAAAUUCCUUCCUGUUUAGAUUAUCUGUCUUGCAGUUCCCUCAUUUUUCGCAGAAACUCCAGCCACUGCUGCUCUGCUGUCCUUCCUGCUAGUGUCCCUUUCCAGUCAACUUUGGCCAGUUCCCCUCUCAUGCCAUUAUUCCACUGAAAUACUGACAUGUUGGAAUUUAUUUUCUCCUUCUCAAAUUUCAACGUGUACUCGAUCAUAUUGUGAUCACUGUUCCUUAAGCUCUCUUAUCAACUCUGGAUCAUUGCACAAUACCCAAUCCAGCACAGCCAAUCCCCUAAUUGGGCUCAACAACAAGCUGUUUUAAAAAGCCAUCCCAUAGACAUUUUACAAACACUCUCUCUUGAGGUCCAGUACUGACAUGGUUUUCCUAAUCCACCUCCAUGUUAAAAUCUCCAGUGAUUGUCAUGACAUUGCCCUUCUGACAUGCCUUUUCUAUCUCCUGCGGUAAUUUGUAAUCCACAUCCUGACUGCUGUUUGGAGGCCUGUACAUAACUGCCAUUCGGGUCUUUUUACCAUUGCCAUUUCUUACUUCUAACCAUAGAGACUCUACACCUUCCAGUCCUGUCAUCCCUUUCUAAUGAUAUAAUAUUUUUUAUACACAAGGUCACAACACCCCCUCUGCCUACUAUCUACCUACCUAUCUUUUCGAUACACCGUAUACCCUCGGAUGGUCAGCUCCCACUGGCAGCCAUCUUUCAGCCAAGUUUCAGAGAUGGCCACAACGUCAUACUUGCCAAUCUGUAGCUGAAUUUCAAGAUCAUCCAUUUUAAUUCUUAUGCUGCAUGAAUUCAAAUAUAUCACUUUCAGUCCAGUAUUGAAUAAAUAUAAGCAAGUAACCACUGGGGAGAAACUGUUCAAUUCUGGGGAGGAAUUCACUCAGUAAUCUCAAUUGAAUGAACAUCACUCUGGGUAGAAGCUGUUCAUCUGUUCCAAACAGGAAUGAAUUCACACUUCCAUCUCACCUGCCUACACAUCAGACUGUUUUCAGCAGUGAGAGGACGUUGACCUGCUCAGACUGUGGGAAAUCAUUCACACACUGAUCCACACUGCAGAGACAGUGCCGGGUUCACACUGUGGGGAGGGUGGUCACCUGCUCAGACUGUGGGAAA